CCAGGUGGCCGGCUGAGGGGCGUGCUUCAUGCUCGCGGGAUUUUUAAAAAUGGUUUCGCCUGGAUCUCAUCCCAACUGCGCCUGAGACCUUGUUUCACCUCCUGAUGUGCUGGGUGUGGUUAGGCCUCGAGCCGGGAGCUAUUUGCCCAGGAGGAAGCCAGGGCAGGGUUCCGCGGGGAAUGGCGGUGAGGGAGCCACUCGAGACGGGGAGGCCGUAAAAUGAAGAAGCUUCGGCCUGAGGCUUUGGGAGCGGCGAGCAGGGAAGUGGGAGUGUGUGUGAGUGUGUGUGUGUGUGUGUGUGUGUGUGUGUGUGAAUAAGCCAGAGGCUGUCUGGUGGGGCCCUGCCGUGGCCCAGUGACUGAGAUAAUUGUCUUCGUCUGUGGGGUAAUGCGAACAAGCCCCGUUCCCCUAGCUGUGAUGCAUGCGGGGUUGACGCGGCCGGGCUCUGUCCCCAUAAACUGUGACACAGGUGUGUGUAGAUGUCUAUGAGGGCCAUAGCGCCGGGCUGUAAGGGCACCUGUAGGGGUGACGCAGCCGGGCUGUGUCUCUGCACCUCCGCUCUGUGCGAGGUCAAUGCUGGUGGGGUCUGCAGAGGUAGCACGGCCAGGACGGGUUUCCGUGUCUCUGAAAUGUGCCUUUGCAUUUCUGUCAGGUUGACAGGGACAGGCAGUGUCUCUCUGGUGUGAGCGUCUGUGGGUGUGAAAGGGCCAGCGAGUGUGCGGCUGUGACUGGUCGGGAUCGGGCCUGGAUGCAUGGCCUUUUGAGUGAGCACAGGUGUGUGCGACCAUCUCACCUGUCUUUGUAGUGUCUCCGUUGCUUCCUGUACCUUCGCCUUCCAGCCAUGUGGUACCUGCUAGGGAGCAGUGGUCCCAAAAUGACGUGAAAGGCUCGACGCUGUUGUGAAAAUGACCAAGAAGAAGGCUUCACAAGUCACGAGAUGGCAGUUUUGGAGCCAGAAGUGGUCUCCAUGCACACUACCUGGACGACAAGAGGGAGUAACCUCAAGAAUAGAAUUCCUUUUGGGGAAGAAAGAGCUGGCCUUCAGGAAAAGCAUCCCGGAGGAGGAAGAAGAAGUGUUAUAUGUCCUAAAGUAAGGUUUCAGGCCAGCAUCCUUCAGAAAAAGCAUCCCCGAGGAGGAAGACGAAUCGUUAAACAUCUUAAAGGGUCAGGCCAGCAACCUUCAGAAAAAGCAUCUCCGAGGAGGAAGACGAAUUGUUACACAUCUUAGCUCUAGCCUCUCAGAAUUUGUGUCUUCUUCAGUGGAAACCCCAAGAAGACUGAUCAGUUCUUCAAUUCUAAAACAAUGGCCCAGGGUUUGGUGACAUUCGCCGAUGUAGCCAUAGACUUUUCUCAGGAGGAGUGGGCCUGUCUGAACUCUGCUCAGAGGGACCUGUACUGGGAUGUGAUGCUGGAGAACUACAGUAACUUGGUCUCACUGGAUUUGGAGUCAGCAUAUGAAAAUAAGAGUUUACCUACAGAAAAAAACAUUCAUGAAAUAAGGGCUUCCAAAAGGAAUUCAGAUAGAAGAAGUAAAUCCCUUGGCCGUAACUGGAUAUGUGAAGGUAUGCUUGAAAGACCACAGCGCUCCAGAGGGAGGUAUGUCAAUCAGAUGAUCAUCAAUUAUGUAAAAAGACCUGCUACUAGAGAGGGCACCCCUCCUAGAACACAUCAGAGACAUCAUAAGGAGAAUUCCUUUGAAUGUAAGGACUGUGGGAAGGCCUUUAGUCGUGGCUAUCAACUUAGUCAACAUCAGAAAAUCCAUACUGGCGAGAAACCUUAUGAAUGUAAAGAAUGUAAGAAGGCCUUCCGUUGGGGCAAUCAGCUUACUCAACAUCAAAAAAUUCAUACUGGGGAGAAGCCCUACGAAUGUAAAGACUGUGGGAAGGCUUUUCGAUGGGGUUCAAGCCUCGUUAUUCAUAAGAGAAUUCAUACUGGUGAAAAACCCUAUGAAUGUAAAGACUGUGGAAAGGCCUUUCGGCGUGGUGAUGAGCUCACUCAGCACCAGAGAUUCCACACUGGGGAGAAAGACUACGAAUGCAAAGACUGUGGGAAGACCUUUAGCCGUGUGUAUAAACUUAUUCAGCACAAGAGAAUUCAUAGUGGGGAGAAGCCUUACGAGUGUAAAGACUGUGGGAAGGCCUUUAUUUGUGGUUCAAGCCUCAUUCAGCAUAAAAGAAUUCACACAGGUGAGAAACCCUAUGAAUGUCAAGAAUGUGGGAAGGCCUUUACUCGAGUCAAUUACCUUACUCAGCAUCAGAAGAUCCAUACCGGUGAGAAGCCUCACGAAUGUAAGGAAUGUGGGAAGGCCUUUCGCUGGGGUUCAAGCCUCGUUAAGCACGAGAGGAUACAUACGGGCGAGAAGCCGUACAAAUGCACAGAAUGUGGGAAGGCCUUCAAUUGUGGCUAUCACCUCACUCAGCACGAGAGAAUCCACACGGGCGAAACCCCGUAUAAAUGUAAAGAGUGUGGGAAGGCUUUCAUUUAUGGGUCGAGCCUCGUGAAACAUGAGAGAAUUCAUACCGGGGUGAAACCCUAUGGGUGUACAGAAUGUGGGAAGAGCUUUAGUCAUGGCCAUCAGCUUACACAACAUCAGAAAACGCACAGUGGGGCGAAAUCCUACGAAUGUAAGGAGUGCGGGAAGGCGUGUAACCACCUAAACCAUCUCCGAGAACAUCAGAGGAUCCACAACAGUUGAAGAGCCUUUUGAACACAGUAGCCCGCUCGUAUCUAUGGUUUCGCUUUCCACAGUUUGUUACCUGCAGUCAACUGCAGUUCAAAAAUAUUAAAUGGAAAAUUCCAGAAACAAAGAAUUUGUAAGUCUCAAAUGGUGUGCCCUUCUGAGUAGCGUGAUGAAAUCUCUCGCUGUCCGGCUCCAGCCAGCCAGGGAUGUGAAUCAUCCCUUGGUCCAGCACAUCCACGCUGUACACGCUACCCACCCUGCUAGUGACUUAGUAGCCGUCUUGGUGAUCAGAUCGACUAUCAUGGCAUCACAGUGCUUGUGCUCAAGCAAUCCUUACUUUGCUUAACAGUGGCCCCAGAGAGCAAGAGUAGUGAAGCUGGUGAUUCGGAUAUGCCAAAGAGAAGCCACAAAGUGCUUCCUUUUAAAUGAAAAGGUGAAAGUUCUCAACUUAAAAAAGAAAAGAAAAAAAUCAUAUACUGAGGUUGCUAAGAUCUACAUGACAAUAAGAUAUUUUGGGAGAGAGAGAUACGUUCACAUUUUAUUACAUAUAUUGUUACAAUUGUUCUAUUUUGUUAGUUACUGUUGGUAAUCUCUUACUGUGCCUAAUUUAUAAAUUAAACUUUAGAUAUGUAUGUACAGGAAAAAAUGUAGUAUAUAGUAUCGUAUAUAUGUACAGGAAAAAAACGUACUAUCUGUGGUUUCAGGUAUCCACUGGGGGUCUUGGAACAUACCCCCCUCAGGUGAGAGGGGACUGCUGUACAAAGAAUAUAGGAAGGCCUCUAGACUACAUCCAUUCCUUCCUCAACACGAGGAAAAUUCAUGGUACAGUUUAACAUAAGAAAGCCUUCACUGAUCACUGUUUUUUUGUUUUUUGUUUUUUUUUUUUUUUUUGAGACAGAGUCUCACUCUUGCCCAGGCUGGAGUGCAGUGGCACGGUCUUGGCUCACUGCAACCUCCACCUCCCAGGUUCCAGCAAUUCUCCUGCCUCAGCCUCCCCCAGUAGCUGGGAUUACGGGCAUGCACCACUACACCUGGCUAAUUUUUGUAUUUUUAGUAGAGACAGGUUUCACCAUGUUGUCCAGGCUGGUCUCAAACUCCUGACCUCAGGUGAUCCACCCACCUUGCCCUCCCAAAGUGCUAGGAUUACAGGUGUGAGCCACUGCACCCAGCCCACUGAUCACUCUUCUGCUUACAGAAUAUCAGAUGUCAUUCUAGAGGCAAAUUUGAAGAGUGGAAAAAUCACUUUUUCUUAAUGAUCUUGUUUUUGGUGUAGAUGUUUUUAUUGUGUGGGUUAGUUUAAUGAAUACGUAAAGACUACCAGUACCAUUCUGAGUUUACUCCGUGGCAUCUGUGGAAUAACCUGCUAAUGCAACACAUGAGAAAGACUUUAGUCCUGGCACGCACUCUACCAGUUGUCCCCACCAUCCCCCGCCCUCCUGCCUGUGAGACACUGGGCCAAAGGCUCGCUACCCCUGUGCGUUGUCCGGCACACAGACACUAUGUGCAUUAUUUGUACAUAAGGAUAAUCACAGCUACCUGAGACUGCUAUCAUGGAAAUUAAAUGUUUGGUACAUGUGAAGUCUUUGAAAGUGUGACUGGAAUAUGGUGUAAUUUCAAUAAAUAUUAACUAUUGUUGUUUUUAUGAUCAUUACUGCCAUUUGUGUGGCCGUUAGUGAAUUUUUACAAGAAAACCCCCUGUGGGUGCAGUGAGGCUGGAAAAGACCAUUGAGUCUUCUAGAAGAAGAUGUUAAGAGAUUAUUGGCACAACCGUGGGUUACGCAAUGAUUUCUUAGUACACAAAACACAGCAAACGUAAAAAGUUGUUACACUUCAUCAAAAGUACAAAGUUCUGUUCAUCAAAUGAUGCUGUUAAGAUAGGGAAAAGACAAGAAACAGGACUGGAAGAAGAUGUUUGCUCUAUGGUACACCUGACAAAGGAACUCUCAUAGAAAAUAUAAAGAAUCCCUCAAGUUGAAAAAAAAAAAAAUCAAUUUAAAGGGGAGAAAACUUCAGCACGUCUCAACAGAAGACCACCAAAUGGCCAAUAAGUAAGUGAAAAUGUAUUCAAUGUCAUUGCUCCUCAAGGAACUGUAGCGUAAAACCACAAUGUGCUGUCACUCUAGACAGUCACCAGGAUGAUUAAAUUUAAAUCACAAUAACAAGGUUGAUUUCAGAUGUCCCACCACAAAGAAGAAGGAUAAGGGAGCGAGGUGAUGGAUAUGUUAAUUAGCUUGAUUUAAUCCUUCCACAUUGUAUACAUGUAUCAGAACAUCACAUUGUACUCCAUCAAUAUAAUACAAUUAGUAUUUGUCAAUCAAAUAUUAAUAAAUAAAAUCAAAGAUGAG